AUGUCUGUCCAAGUUGAGCACCCCGCUAGUGGAUACAGGAAACUGUUCGAAACCGUGGAGGAACUGUCCUCGCCACUCACGGCCCACGUGACAGGCAGGAUCCCCCUCUGGCUCAGUGGCAGCCUCCUCCGAUGUGGACCAGGACUAUUCGAAGUAGGAUCUGAGCCUUUCUACCACCUGUUUGAUGGGCAGGCUCUUCUGCACAAGUUUGACUUCAAAGAAGGCCACGUCACCUACUACAGACGGUUCCUCCGCACUGAUGCUUACAUCCGAGCCAUGACUGAGAAAAGGAUUGUCGUGACCGAAUUCGGUACCUGUGCUUACCCAGACCCCUGCAAGAAUAUAUUUUCCAGGUUCUUUUCGUACUUUCGAGGAGUGGAGGUUACUGACAAUGCCCUUGUGAAUAUCUACCCAGUGGGGGAAGAUUACUAUGCCUGCACGGAGACCAACUUCCUUACCAGGGUUCACCCGGAGACCUUGGAGACCAUCAAGCGGGUGGAUCUUUGCGACUAUGUCUCAGUCAAUGGAGCCACCGCUCACCCCCACAUAGAAAGUGAUGGGACCGUUUACAACAUUGGCAACUGCUUUGGGAAAAAUUUUUCCAUUGCCUAUAACGUUAUCAAGAUCCCUCCACUGCGAGCAGACAAGGAAGACCCAAUAGGCAAAGCAGAGAUUGUUGUACAGUUCCCCUGCAGUGACCGGUUCAAGCCGUCUUAUGUGCAUAGCUUUGGUCUGACUCCCAACUACAUCGUUUUUGUGGAGACACCGGUCAAAAUCAACCUGUUCAAGUUCCUGUCCUCAUGGAGUCUGUGGGGGGCCAGCUACAUGGACUGCUUCGAGUCCAAUGAAACCAUGGGGGUUUGGCUUCAUGUCGCUGACAAAAAAAGGAGAAAGUACCUCAAUAAUAAAUACAGGGCCUCUCCUUUCAACCUCUUCCAUCAUAUCAACACCUACGAAGACCGAGAAUUCCUGAUUGUGGACCUCUGCUGCUGGAAAGGAUUUGAAUUUGUUUAUAAUUACUUAUAUUUAGCCAAUUUACGUGAGAACUGGGAAGAGGUGAAAAAAAAUGCCAGCAAAGCUCCUCAACCCGAAGUGAGGAGAUACGUACUUCCUCUGAAUAUUGACAAGGCUGACACAGGCAGGAACUUAGUCACGCUGCCCAACACAACUGCCACUGCCACCCUGCACAGUGAUGAGACGAUCUGGCUAGAACCUGAGGUCCUCUUCUCAGGGCCUCGCCAAGCAUUUGAGUUUCCUCAAAUCAAUUAUGGGAAGUACAGCGGGAAACUUUAUACGUUCGCAUACGGACUUGGCUUGAAUCACUUCCUUCCAGACAAGCUCUGUAAGCUGAAUGUCAAAACUAAAGAAACCUGGGUGUGGCAGGAGCCGGAUUCCUACCCAUCAGAGCCCAUCUUCAUCUCCCACCCAGAUGCCUUAGAAGAAGAUGAUGGGGUGGUUCUGAGUGUGGUGGUGAACCCUGGGACAGGACAGAAACCCGCCUAUCUCCUGAUUCUGAAUGCCAAGGACCUGAGCGAAGUGGCCAGAGCUGAAGUGGAGGUUAAUAUCCCUGUCACCUUCCAUGGACUGUUCAAAACGGCCUGA